AUGGAAUCUUUCAACUAUUCAGAUACAGCGAGAUUAGUAAAUCUGGACAAGAUGGUGAAGAAGAGGGUGAACGAGGUCGUAGAAAAGGUUGAACGGCCGGCAAAGACGAGCAACAAUACUGCAGACUUGGACAAGAUGGUGAAAAAGCAGAUGGAGAAAGACGUCGUAGGGAAGGUUGAAUUGCUGGGGAAGACGAGCAACAGUAUCAAUUGGUCACCAUUAAUGGAUGGCAUAGUAAAGGCUCCUACCAAUUCAGUAGAUGCGGUGAACAUUGUUGAUGAACACAUCACCAGUGUCCUCUAUGGUCCGAGGAAAACACGUCGAUUGCCAAUUUUUGAAAAGAUAUGCCCUUCAGAGUCAUCUGAUAUAAAUAAAUAA